UACACAAAAAGUCGAUAAGCCGAAAGUCAACUUUUGGAUGUAAUGUAAACAUACAUUUUUCCUGGAAAAAAUAAAAUAUUAAAAACAUGGCCAAGGAUGAGAAGACCGGUUCCAAGAAGUCUCGGCGAGAGAGACAGCGGGAGAAGACCAAGGCACCAUCAAAGAUUGUUAUACGCCAUUUACCACCCACCAUGACCGAGGAAGAGUUUCUCAAGCAAAUUGAUCCUUUACCUGAUUAUGAUUUCUAUUAUUUUGCGGCAGCUGAUUGGUCCUUGGGUUUCGAUGCUACCUGCCGGGCCUAUAUAACUUUCAAGAACUAUGAAGAUGUUUUUCUUUUCCGCGACCGCUUUGAUGGCUAUGUUUUUGUGGAUAAUAAAGGCAAUGAAUAUGCAGCCAUUGUGGAGUUUGCUCCAUUUCAGGGAUUUUUGAAGAACAAAUCUCGUGGUGGUGAUAAUAAGGUGGAUACCAUUGAGCAAGAACCUCACUACCAGCAAUUCCUUAAGAAACUGGAAGAGGAGCGUGAAGCUGCCGCUAAGGGUGGGGAAAGUAAGUUAGAAUUUAAUUUGGAUUCCAAAAAAGAGGAGAUAACUUCGACACCUUUGCUGCAGUAUUUGGCAAGCAAAAAAGAGAAACGCCGCGAAGAAUCGAAAAAGCGUACUGCGGAAAAGAAGAAGCGCCGUGAGGAAGAGAAGGAGAAACGAAAGCAAGCGCCGGCAGCACCCAGCCAACCAGUGAAAGUUCUUACAGCAGAAAAUAACAAUAAAACGGAAAAAAUCGAACCGAAAAACAAUCAACCAAGGGAGGAGCCGAAAAAUGCUAGAGCUCGCCGUAGGGAGGAACGCAAUCGUCAACGCCACGAGGCCUAUCUGCAAAAGAAGAAGGCUCUAAAGGAACAGCAGAAUAAUAAAGAGGGGGAAACAGUUUCUGCAGAAAAAGAUGAUGUGGCGGCACAGGCCAAAAAGGAUGAGAGCAACGCCGAAGAAACCAGAAAAGAUAUAGAGGCUAAAUCCGAAACAGAGUCCAGCAAACCCAUAGAAAUUUUAAAGAAAUCAAAAACUGAGGAUAUGCUGACAGAGUCAGUAAGAAAUUUUAUUUUCACAGCUUCCACCACCUUGAAGGUUUCCAAUACGGCCAGCACUGUUGAAAAUCAAACAGAACAAGCUAGCAAUGCUCAGGUUACAACAAAAACCAAGGACAAUGAGGAAAAAUCACCGGAAACUAACGAUAAAACAGAUGAUAUCAAGACAGAAGCUAAUGAAGAGAAAAAUAAUUUGACAGAACUGGAACAGGAAAAAAAUUUAACAGAAAAACAAAGGGAAGAAAGACGGGAAGAGAGACGCAUACGCAAUAAGGAUCGUCCGUCUAUUGCCAUCUAUCAACCUAAGGCUCGUUUGCGCCUAUCUGAAGAAAGUGAUUCCAAUUCGGCUUCCAAGGAUGUACGUAGUCUCUCUCAAUCGGAUUGUGAGACUGGUAAAAAAGACGAACAGCCACGUCACAAAAAGGUUCAACGCUAUUCAGAGCGUUCCAAGAACCGCAGGAAGUCAUUGUCCAAAGAGGCUGGUUCGGGGGAAGAUAAUAAUCCAGCUGCUUAAAAUCAUUUUUUAACAUUUGUAUUUUAUUCCAUUGGUAAAUAUUUGCAUAUGAUGCCAGUUUUUACAAUCAAAAUAAAUGCGUUGAGGUUUUAAAUGUUUUAAAAAUAA